AUGCCUUCUGUUAACGUUGCUAUCAUUGGUGCUGGUGUUGUUGGCUCUGCCUUCAUCAACCAGUUGAAGAACUUGAAGUUUCCUAUCGCUUUCAAUGUGGUUUACUUGGCCAGAAGCUCCAAAGAAGCUCUCUACUCCACUGACUACAAGCCUGUGGAUUUGGCCAACUACAAAACAGGUUCUGCCCAGCCUGUUUUGACAUUGGAUGACUUGACCAAGUUCUUGACCGGUGCAUCCAAGCCAACUAUCUUGAUUGACAACACCUCCAACGCCACAAUUGCUGACUAUUACCCUAAGUUCAUUAAGGCUGGUAUCUCCAUCGCUACCCCUAACAAGAAAGCCUUUUCUUCGGACUUAGCUACCUGGAAUGAGAUUUUUGACUCCUCGGCUGCCCCAGGUGGUGGUUUGGUCUAUCACGAGGCCACUGUCGGUGCUGGUUUGCCUAUCAUUGGUCCAUUGAGAGAUUUGGUUGCAACCGGUGACAAGGUCCAGAAGAUCGAGGGUAUUUUGUCUGGAUCUUUGUCUUACAUCUUCAACUCUCUUUCUACCAGCGAGCCAUCGUCUACCAAGUUCUCUGACGUUGUCAACGUUGCCAAGGACUUGGGCUACCUUGAGCCAGAUCCAAGAGACGACUUGAAUGGUAUGGAUUUCGCCAGAAAGGUGACCAUCUUGGCCAGAAUCGCCGGUUUCGAGGUCGAAUCCCCAACUUCUUUUGCUGUUGACUCUUUGGUUCCAAAGGAGUUGGAGUCACUCGCUACUGGUGCUGAGUUUUUGCAGAAAUUGCCUGACUUCGAUGCUGACUUCCAGAAGCGUAAGGACGACGCUCUUGCUGAGAACAAAGUGUUGAGAUACGUUGGUCAGGUCGACUUUACCGCCAACAAAGUCUCUGUUGGUAUUGCCAAGUACGAUUUCGACCACCCAUUUGCCUCUUUGAAGGGCUCUGACAACGUCGUGUCCAUCAAGACCGACAGAUACCCUAACCCUUUGAUCAUCCAGGGUGCUGGUGCUGGUGCUGAGGUUACUGCCCACGGUGUUUUGGCCGAUGCACUCAAGAUUGCUCAGAGAAUUGCUCAGUAA